GACAUGUUCGAGACGGGAGUGUCGCAACGGCUGUAAUUUUAGGAUUCAUAUAAUAAAUUUGUCUAUCAUCAUUAUUAUUAUUCUGUAAAGAAAAUGUCAUAUGACUACUUCUAGUUCACUGUAGUAUGACCGUAUUUGGCAUAACUCUCUGGUGUCGCCUGGCAAAACUGGCAACACUGACCAGCUCAUGUUCGACAUAAAUGGCGGUGUGCAUAGACGAGUUCCUGUUUCGCCUCAGUGUGAAAAUGUUCCGUUCGUCGGGACGGGACCGUCGAGUAGUUUGUCUGUAUCACAGGCUCUCUUGAAGCUGACUUCAGGGCGCCGACAGCAGGCGAACUGUCGGUCGCUUCCUGUUGUGUUGGUGUCCUUAAGCACGCUAGCCAGAGGACCCGGUCGUACGAAAACCGUUGGAACGGCAGUCAACGUGGUCGCUGUAUGUAGACAUUUCGCUGACGCACCGUCAUGGCCACUACGCCGUCAGGUACACCUCGGCAGCCGAAGCGCAAAACCAAGGGCAAGAACAGUGCCGUCGACCUCGCUUUGAAGCAUGGCUACUCGCCGUCCAAGAAAGGCAAAACCAAGGGUGGCGAGCCUGCGGACAGCAGCACGUCGUCCGCCGGGCCACGUACCCAGGCAACGUUUCCCCGUAAGCUGCAGUUCGCUUCGAGCAACUGGAAAGCUCUCCAAGAGAAGCUCCAGGUUGCUGCUCCCCGAAACAAAAGUGGAGUGCCUAUAAAGGCAGUUCACAGCAAAAAAGAUGCAAGCAAGAAUGGCUCUACGUUGGCACCUGUAAAGAAGGAGGAAGUCUGGUUCGAUGGCGUCGACCCACUGCUACUGGAACCUGAAAAUGUGAAAACAGCAGGCCAGGCCAUUGGCCUGGAGAAAAGGGGCACCUUCAACAAGCCCACUCGAGUCGUGGCCAUGGACUGUGAAAUGGUUGGCGUUGGCCAUGAGGGCAAGGACUCGAUUCUCGCUCGUGUCUCAAUUGUCAAUGUCAUGGGCCACGUGAUCUACGAUAAAUUUGUCAAGCCCACAGAGGAAGUGGUUGACUACCGGACGGCCGUGAGUGGCGUGCGACCGAGUGAUUUGGAAAAAGGUGAAGAGUUUGCGAAAGUGCAGAAGGAAGUGAGUGAAAUACUCAAUGGUCGCAUUCUCGUUGGUCAUGCUGUGCACCACGAUUUAAAGGUGCUGUUCCUGUCGCAUCCCAAACGACGGAUACGAGACACAUGCGCCUAUCGCCCAUUUCGGGCCAUGUUUGGGGGCCGGACACCAUCACUCAAGGCCCUCUCGGAGCGCAUUCUGGGAGUCAAAGUCCAGCAGGGCGAGCACAGUUCGGUGCAAGAUGCCCAGGCUGCAAUGCGCUGCUACACCAUGUACAGAAAACAGUGGGAAGAGGAUGUGAGAAACGGCCGGCGGUGGUUCAAUCAGCAGAAGCAGCUGCAGCAAGUGCAGCAGGAUGCAUGAGGACACCCCUGUACGUCUUAUUAUCCUCGCACGCCAGUGAGACAUGUACUUAUCACUGUGUAAAUGAAAAUAUAAAUGCUAUUUCAUGAUGUCUA